UUCCCAUUCCAGUCCUUAGACUUGCAUUUUGCAUCCCUAAGAUUUAUGUAUCCUCUCUCCCCCUCCCUCUCUUAAAGUCAGUCCAUUAAUAUGUGCACAUUCAGCAGUUAAGAACUCAGUCCAUCUUCAGCCCUGCUCUUUGUAUCUGAUCCCCCCUCAAGCACACCACAACUAAUAUCAUGAAAGCGUUGGUGGAUUGUGAAUGGAGAAACUUUAAAGAGACAUCAGUAUACUUUCCGGACAGCGAAACUCUGUUACAGAAUUCUGUUUACCUGGUUAAAAGUCCUUUAGUGAACAGAAUCGAAACAUCAGCUUUGGACUUUUUUUAAAAUAAAAGCACAACCUACUGUUUCCUUGGUAAUCUGGCAUUCUGCCUAUGUGGCGUAUUAGUGUAAAUGGGGUUGUAGACACAGGCAGCACCACAGGGCAGGGCCGACUCCUUCACUCUAAGUGCUGCUGGUCAUAUUCCAGCCAUCAGCGGAUGUGGAUCAAUGCUUGGUUUACAGCUUUACAUCAUCCUUGUAAAGUCUGGGCAAUCAGAAACCAUCAGUAAAAAGAGCACACAUCGUUCCCUGUGGUUGCUCCCCAUCUCUCUCAUCUUCAUCGCUCACUCCAAUUGAAGAGUGACCUAGAGGGAACAUGCCUUGAUCUUGAUGGACCUGUAGGACGGGCUUCCCUAAAACGGGAGAUGCCGGGGUUACAACAUUGAACUGGGACAGAUCACUGCAGAAGGUACUUCAGUGGCGACGGAGAGAUUAGAUAGAUGAGGAAACAUAACCUUGCACUGGACUUCAGCUUAGAAUGACUUUUUGAAGACAAUAUCAACGAGCUCCGUUUUUUUCUUUGGCUGAAGAUCAAAGGGUUUAAUGAACGACAGCCGAAAUGGAAUAACGGUUACUGGAGCUUUUCUUUCACUGGCCCUUUCCCUUGUGUCAUACCUUUCUCACCAUGACAAGGCUCGUCGCAUCCAGGCAUCACCUGCUUUAACAGCGUGUGUGGGGCGGGGGGUCGAGUGGGCAGAGAGUGACCAACAGAUGUCAGUGUUCGCUGCUAUUUUGAGACAUCUUUUAACUGUGGGCCAAGAUUUGUUCUUAAAACAAGUUAUGGAAGUUCAUUGAAUAUAUAUUUAGUGCUGGCCAGUAGCAUGCAUAUUUAUUUUAUGUAUUGGUUAUAGGUUAUUCCUGAAAUCAAUCGGACAUGGUACUGGAAGGUAUGGAACUGAUUGCAAUUAUUGUGGUCAUUGGCCUGUUUUUUGUAGUGUUCAAGCAGUUUGGUGUCUGGGAACCCUUGUUAUUAGAUGAGAGUAGUGAUUGUGAAUUGGAGCUUUCUGCUGUUCGUUACCAGCCAGAAGGCUUGGAGCAGCUCCAGAGCCAAACCAAGUUCACCCGGAAGGAGCUUCAGUCGCUCUACAGAGGCUUUAAAAACGAGUGUCCUAGUGGCUUGGUGGACGAGGAGACGUUCAAGACCAUCUACUCACAGUUCUUCCCCCAGGGAGAUGCCACCACAUAUGCACAUUUCCUUUUCAACGCUUUUGACAUGGACAGAAAUGGCGCCAUCCGUUUUGAGGACUUUGUGAUUGGAUUAUCUGUACUGCUUAGAGGUUCAGACACAGAGAAACUCAGAUGGGCCUUCAAUCUAUACGAUAUCAACAAGGAUGGCUACAUAACCAAGGAGGAGAUGCUGGCCAUAAUGACGUCCAUCUAUGAUAUGAUGGGCAGGUAUACCUCUCCAAGUGUACGAGAUGAUGACCCAUCUGAGCAUGUGGAGAAGUUCUUUCAGAAAAUGGAUCGGAACAGAGACGGGGUCGUGACCAUUGAUGAAUUCAUAGAGACCUGUAAAAAGGAUGAAAACAUCAUGGCCUCCAUGCAGCUAUUUGAGAAUGUCAUUUAGAUCUAAGAAGAGAUGGGAAAAACACUGAUAGAUGUCAAAGUUCUGAUUCCCAUUUAUUGCUUUAUUGUGGAACAAGCCCUCUGCACUUUAAAAUCUCACCAUUUGAAAAUUAAAGACAAUUUGCAUACCUCAAACUGAGGACAGUAAACAUUUCACAGGGAACAUAGAGAAACGUGACUCUUUAAAUAUCUGACUCCACAGCUUAUAGGAAACAAUGGUUCUGCUGACAGAUGUACUUGCUUUAACAUGGACCCACAGGGAGCAGCAACAUAAAGACUGACACGUUGGUGCCCUGUACAGCAGUAUACAGUGUCUACUAAUCCAUCUUGAACUGACUGGGAUCCUUUGCAUGUUUGCCUGAGGCCAGUGCACGUCGAUGUAAACACAAACACAAAAUGUUUGCUUCAGUAGGCUGAAACCGUUCCAAUAUUAUUGUAUUGGUGUGCACGUGAGACAAGGUGGGGCAGGGUUGAAUCAGCUUCUACAUGAUGCCAUCUACCCACUGCGUACUCGGAGAGAGAAUGUACAGUAUUUUAAAAUGUUGUUGAUUAUCACUUGAUUCCAGAAUUGCACUCUUAAUAACAAUUGACCUGCACAACGCAUGAUCACUUGAAAUGGUGGUUAUUUUCCUGUGGCAAUAAAUGGUUAUGAAUGA